AUGAUCUGUAUAGAUUGCCAUGAAGAAGGGUAUGUGAACAAAAAUCAUUUCAAGUGCUUGUUCUACAGAGAAGCUUCUGCAAAUGAUGUGCUAUAUUUUAACAUGUUUAAAGUGGGCUCCUCCUCUACCAAAGUCAUAGCCACAUCAAGAUACAUAAGACAGAUUGUGAUUAGAGCUAUGAUUGUCAACAAUUACUACCGUCUUCAAAAUAUUGACUGUAUUCCAAAUUCUAUAUUCCAACAAAACUACUGGUACUCGUUAUGUCAAUUAGUAGGCUCGCGCAAGGCCACAAGCAGUAAUCACUUCCAAAAGGGCGCAAGAGAUUUAUUAACGGCGGCUUGUGUAGAAAUUGCAACUUCAAAUACGAAUCAUGUUGCUGAAAAAUUUCGAGAACAUCCUCCAGCAAGAUCGUUUGAAUAUGCACCCGCAAUAUCACUUCGAUUACCAACACCAGAAAUAAAGGCUGAUCUCUCCCCAAAACCCACUAUUGAAAUGGAUAAAAAUAGUUCUAUCCUAGUUGAAUUCUACGAAACAUUUCCCAUUGGACAGGUAUUUAACAGUUUGGCAUCACUUCUUUCCACUGCAUUAUAG